GGUGUUAUGAGAGCCCAGGUUGCUCUGAUAGUGGCCUUCAGCUCUUCUGCAUUGUUGGGUCUGGCAUAUCGCAUCUUCCUCUUCACAAUACCCCAUAGAUUUUCUAUGGGAUUAAGGUCAGGCGAGUUUGCUGGCCAAUUAAGAACAGGGAUACCAUGGUCCUUAAACCAGGUACUGGUAGCUUUGGCACUGUGUGCAGGUGACAAGUCCUGUUGGAAAAUGAAAUCUGCAUCUCCAUGAAGUUGGUCGGAAUGGAAUGAAUGGAAUUAGUGAAAUAAAUCAACUUUUUGAUGAUAUUCUAAUUAUAUGACCAGCACCUGUAUAAGCAGAUUCUUUCUCAUUUAAAUUUCAACUCUAUUCUGUACAAACAUCAGUAUGGAUUUCAUAAAAAUUAUUCUACAUAUAUGGCUUUGCUCCACCUUGUUGACAAGUUGACAUGUGCCCUUGAAAACAAUGAGUUUACUUGUGGUCUGUCAAAAGCUUUUGAUACAGUCAAUGAUAGGGCUGUCACCAUAAACCGACGAAAAAUAUCAGGUGAUUUAUGCACAGCUUUUGAGUGAAGUAGGGUAAAAUGCUGCUGCAUCCCAAAGCCAGAGGGCGCUCUUGUGCGGAAACUCCAAAUACACACUGCAGAAGAAGACCAUAACACGUUCUAGAAUCUAGGAAAUGCCCAUGGACGUCUUUUUAUCACUGUUACUCAAGCCUCCUCAGGUAUUUUUAUGAUAAUAAAGUAUAUUUAUAAUGAUCAUGUUUGACGGGUGUUGCUUUUUCAAAUGCACAUUAUAAGCGACUCAAACUCGCACUGCUUUUAGAUCGAGCAGCAUUUCCUACUGAUCCCAGAGCUGUGCUUCACGGACAAGCUACGCAUUAAAACAAAUAUCGACAUGUUGCAUAUCGCAGCCAGCUUGAUUACAAUAGGAUUUAGUGGUAUCGCGAUAAAUUAUCAUGCAGCCCUAAGUCAAUCAUUACAUUUUAUUGGACAAGGGUUGCUACUCUAGCAAAGCAAUGUUAUACUGUGGGGUUCCUCAGGGGUCCAUACUUGGACCCUUAUUAUUUCUUUUAUAUAUAAAUGAUUUAUCAGAUGUCUCAAAUAUUCUUACUCCAAUAAUGUUUGCAGGUGAUACAACCUUAAUUGUUUCUGCUAAUUGCUAAUUGGUUUAAUUUAAAUAAGUUAUCAUUAAAUAUAAAAAAUCUAAUUUUAUUAUUUUUGGUGGAUCUUUAGGAUACCCUAAAGAUUUAUCAAAAAUUACAAUUGAGUCUAUCGAGGUGCCUCAAGUGUCAUCCACAAAAUUCCUGGGAGUUUUUGCUGAUGAGAAGUUGAGUUGGAAGGAACAUAUACAGUAGAUUAUGUGAGCAUAAAAAUAUAUAAAUCCAAAGGUAUAAUAGGGAGGGUUAGGCACCUAAUUACUACAGAGUGUCUUCUUACACUUUAUUAUAGUUUAAUUUAUCCAUAUCUUUCUUAUUCUAACAAGUACUUUCCCUUCUAUUCUUGGAAAACUUUUCAUUUUUCAGAAACGUUUUGUUAGGAUGGCAACCCAUUGAAAUGCAUAUGCCUCAUCUGUUCCUCUAUUUCAGAAACUUCAGGUCCGAUUCCUCCUUCAACUUCUUUUUCUUCUUCUUCAUUUUCUUCGCUCAAAUCGGCAUCUACAUCAUUCAGAGUGUGGGCAUCCCGCGAUGGGGAAACAGCGGUUGGAUCGCUGCCGUGUCUGUGGUAGGCAGUAACCUGGCGGUGGGCGUCAUCAUGAUGGUUGUGGCAGCGUUCUUCACCGUCUGCGCCGUGAUGUCUGUGGUUUUACUGAAAAUGGUUCAUUCUCACUACCGUCGCACGGGCGCCAGCUUCCAGAAGGCACAGCAGGAGUUUUCUCAGGGCGUCCUGACGAACCGCACCUUCCAGAGCGCCGCCACCAGCGCCGCCACCAGCGCCGCUCAGAGAAAUUAAAACCAUCGGAUCCACAUGAGAGACGCCACACACACACACACAUCACUGGAUUCAUCAUGUUUGAUUGUUUUCAAACUGAAGGUUUGAAGUUUGUGUGUCUGCAGAAAUGAUUCUGUGUCUUUUUGUUAGGUUGAGAUGGGAUAGGAUAGGCUGUACAUUGACAUAAUUGAUGCUCGCGGUGAGAAAUCCAUGUUUAAGUGAAUGUUUAUGGCAGAAGGGUUAAGAAGUUGAUUGCAACAAAUUGAGUUGUAAAUCAUCUGAGGAUAAUGCCAUUUAAUAUUAUUUAUAAGAGAAUAAAAUUGCUGAAACACAUUCCUUGUUAGUGCCUAAAGUAAAGACACACUCCCAGAAUUCUUUGGGAGGACGUGAGCGUGAGUGUGUGAAUGUUAAUGGACGCAUUUGUUUGUCUUCAUUGUAAGACUGAAGGUUUGAUGUGUUGAACAGAAACAUUUGAUCAUGAAGUUUUGACUAGUUUAUAUUUCUGUGUGUAUAAAAUUCAGCUUUUGUGCCAAACAAAUCCAAACGUUCACUCGUUUGCCUCUCCCUUUUUCAACUGUUUUGACAAAUCCUGGCAAUUGAACUUAAAACAUGAAAUGUGUAAAAAAUAUUAGCAAAUAAAAGUCCUGAAAUGUUUCUAUAGUUCUGUGAAGAUCAGUCUGUCAACAGAACAAUAACACGCAUGUUCUGAACAUUAAAUGUUUUUGAUGAACAUUUCUGUCUCACACAUUUUAUUUUUGUUUUUAUGACUCAUGACAUUCUACAUUCAUUUGAUUUAAAGUCUUUUAAAAAGAGUUUGUGUAACCCAAUUUGUGCAAAAAGUAAAAUACAGCUUUCCUGUAGCUCAGUGGUAAGAGCAUGGGUACGAUCCCAGGGAUUGCACAUACUUCGAAACAAAUGUAUAGGAUAAUGCAAUGCAAGUUGUCUGCCAAAUGCAUAAAUGUAAAAUUGAAAGUUUGUCUUUAAGAUUCGUCAUUUAAUAAUGUAAACGUGUCAUCUUGUCAAUCAGAGCAACAUCGCAUCAAUCAUCGGUCGUGUCCGUUUACCAGAACUGUGUCCUUUAUAAAGACAAAUAUCCCCUCAGUUUUGUUAUUUACACACAGAUCAGCUCCAGAUGUUUCCAUUCAGAGUCAAAAUCAAACAAUAAGCUGAAGUUCUAAUUCUGUUUGAUUUAAUUUGAGAAAUAAAGGUAAACAAAUUAUUCAUUUAUCGCUUUCUAGAAAUGUGUGUUGUUGCAAAGCAGCUUUACAAGCAUAAAGAAAGAUGUUUAAAAAAACUGUAUAAAAUGUUGUAUUCAUGGUACUAACUGACGUUUUCUCAAUAAUAUGUACUUGGUGAAACUGAAGUUGUGAAAGUUUUUUAUUGGGUUUUUCUAGUGUAAAUAAGUAAUAUACAGACCAUAAACAUUGUGAUCUAUACAGCACUUCAGGAAAGGAAAUGUAACGGUCUAUAAAGGCAGUAAACAUGGGACUGCAUCACAUCCUACAACACCUAGACAGACCAGGGAUUUACGUCAGGAUCCUGUUUGUAGACUUCAGCUCGGCCUUCAACACCAUAAUCCCAGACCUCCUCCUGCCCAAGCUUACCCAGCUCUCUGUGCCAACCUCUACCUGUCAGUGGAUUAUUAACUUCCUGUCGAACAGGCAGCAGCUACUGAGGUUGGGAAAAUUUAAAUCCAGCACAUGUACCAUCAGCACCGGAGCUCCUCAAGGAUGUGUUCUUUCUCCACAGCUAUAUUCACUCUACACAAACGAAUGCACCUCUACAGACCCUUCUGUCAAACUCCUGAAGUUUGCAGAUGACACCACAGUCAUUGGCCUUAUUCAAGACUGUGAUGAAUCUGCUUACAGAAAGGAGGUUGCUCAGCUGGCUGCCUGGUGUAGUCAAAACAACCUAGAGCUGAAUGCAUUCAAGACAGUGGAGAUGAUAGUGGAUUUCAGAAGGAACCCUCCAUCACUUCCUCCCCUCACCAUCCUGGACAGCACUGUGGAUACUGUGGAGUCAUUCAGGUUCCUGGGCUCCUGCACCAUCUCUCAGGACCUGAAGUGGGAGUCCCACAUAGACUCCAUUGUAAAGAAGGCCCAGCAGAGGUUAUACUUCCUCCGUCAAUUGAGGAAGUUCAACCUACCACAGGAGCUACUGACCCAGUUCUACUCAGUGGUCAUCGAAUCUGUUCUGUGCACAUCAAUUACUGUUUGGUAUGGCUCGGCCACCAAAUCAGACCUACGAAGACUACAACGGACAGUUCGUAGUGCUGAGAAAAUUAUUGGUGCUCCUCUGCCCACACUUCAGGACCUGUACGAUUCCAGAGUGAAAAACAGGGCAAGAAAAAUCAUCAUUGACUCCACACACCCAGCACACAAACUCUUUGAUCUGCUGCCCUCUGGCCGGCGCUUUACAGCACCAAACACCAGGACUUCCAGACACAGAAGCAGCUUCUUCCCCCAGGCAAUCUCCCUCCUAAACAGAUAACUGCUCCUUAAGAGCAAUAUUACACUUCCACUACUCCUAUAGUGUGCACUAAAGUGCCUUAUUAUAUCUACAUAUUAUAUAUACAUGUAUAUAACACUACCUCUACUUACUAAAUUAUCCAUUUGCACAAGUGUACAUACAAUCUGUUAAUAUGUUUAUUCUACUAUAUACUACCCUGUACAAUGUCUCUUAUAUGUUAUUAUCCCCCAUUUUCUGUACAAUAGUCUUUUAUUUUAUAUAUGCACAAUUUAGAAUCUUUUAGACUGUAAAUCGUAUUAUAUUGUAUUGUCAUUGUGUUGAAUGUCUGUACUAGAAGCUUCCAACACCAAAGAAAAUUCCUUGUGUGUGCAAGCACACUUGGCAAUAAAGCUCUUCUGAUUCUGAUUCUAAAUGAGCAAAGCUCAUUCACAUCUCUCAUUCUCUGUGGUUCACUUUAAAUGAUUCAAUGAUCUCUUAUAUUCGCUAGUGACUGAAAAGUUCAAUAGUUUAAAUGAAUCGGUUCAAAUGAGUCAUUCAUGUGCGAGUCGUUCUAAACGCAAUGUGCGUUCAUACUGGCGAACUCUCUGUGUACAGUAUACGCUGAUUCAACGAUCCAACUGCACAGCUAAAGACAUUACAAUGAUGUACGUCAUGUUAAUUUAAGAAAUUAAAUGUACUUGGAUGCAAAACAAACAGCCGUGAAACACAGGCUGGCUCUUGUUCUGCAACUCUUUUUAGCGCCUCAGUGUGCUGAUAACGAAACAGCACCCCCACUGUGGCGUAAAGCAGCAACUGCAGUUACAAAUGACAGUCUCUUAAAUGCAUGCGGCAUUUCUUGUGAAGACUCGCAACAUAA